AUGCCGCACGCACGUCAUUUGCCCCGCGCAGGCCUGUGUAGGCGCCCACGUGUUUAUUUUUUUCUGCAUGCGGCAUCGCGCUUGCCCGACUGGGCAGCGCGCUCCAACGUUCUGCCCGCAGGCAAUUCCGAGCGCGCGUCUAUGGCAUGGCACCCCGACCCGUGGGGCUCGAGAUUACGCAGUGAUAGCUGCAACCAAUCAGCGCCGUGCCGCAGAGACCGCGCUGCUACCGCGAGCUGCGGCAUUUUGCUGAUAGCUGCUUUUGCGCACCCCGAUACGGCUGCGGUCGCUGCCGCGCGCACCGUGCGGACGCUGUGUGCGCAUUGGGCCGCCGUGCGCGUUGGGGAGAAGCGUUGCGGUGUGCACCACAGAAGCGCAGCGCGGGAGAUCCCGGCCGUGGAAUCCGCGCGAGACCCGCGGACGGAGAUCCUAGCAGCCGGGGGUGAGUGCCCGGACAGAGCCAGACACCUGCGAGGACGGGCAAGUCUUCGAAAAGAAAAAAAAAGCAGCUCUCGACAACAAGUUUGA